UGACGCUCAAUUCAGCUCUAGACGUGUCACGGUAAAAAUCGUUGAAAGAAAUAAAAAUUUAAACUCCUCAAAAAUGUAUUCGUCGGUGGUAAAUACAAUAAAACAUCACUGGAAAUGUAAUGGAAAAGUUAAGUUCAUUUUCGUUGCGUUGGGUAUAUUCGUGUCGUUUGUGUAUGUUGGAAUUUUUCAAGAAAAAAUUAUGAAAGGCUGUUAUGGUGAUCCGAGUGAUAAAUGCAAAAAUGGCGAAAAGUUUAAAUUUGCGGUGACUUUAGUGUUUGUUAAAAGUUUUUUGGGAUUGGUGUUUAUCAAAGUCAUGAAUUUAAUACAUCCAGAGAAGAAAAAAGACACAACCCAUUUUAUGUAUUAUGCAUCAUCCGCCGCAGCAAAUUCAUUGUCGAUGGUCGGUGCUAAUAUGUCUUUGCGAUGGGUAUCAUACCCCGCUCAAGUGAUUAUCAAGUCAGCAAAACCGCUUUCGGUAAUGUUAUUAGGACUCAUGUUCUGUAAACGUUACACAAUUCAGCGCUACUUUUUCGUGUUGGUCAUUGUAACUGGUGUGGUGGUAUUUAAAUUAUUUGAAGCAAAAGAAGAAAAACCAGUAAAGACCAAAACAGAAAAUCAUGAAAUAUCCGACAUGUACCAAAUGUUUGGAACGUGUUUGUUGAUUUUCAGUUUGACAAUGGACGGUGUCCUCGGUGCCAUACAAGAUAGAAUGAGAUCAAUUCACGCACCAACUUUUCGUCAAUUAAUGUUUAACACAUAUCUUUGGGGUUGUGGUUACCUAAUCAUAGUCAUUUUGGUGACAAAAGAAUUUUUGGGCGUUUUCCCAUUUAUUGGUCGUCAUCCUGAAGUAUUGUGGCACUUUUUGACAUUCGGUAUGGCCGAUGCCAUCGGAAAUGUAUUUAUCUUUACAAUGAUCUCAUGUUUUGGUGCAUUGGCAUGCUCUGUCACAGGCACCGUUCGAAAAUUCUUCUCCGUUAUAUUUUCGAUCAUAUUCUUUGGUCAUCCAUCGACACUUUUACAAUGGUUCGGUGCAUGUUUAGUAUUCGCUGCAUUAUUGGCUGAUGCAUUCUUUGGCAAAAAUAAGAAAAAAUCGGUAAAAGAAUUGGAAAAUGAAGAUAUUGAAAAAGGAGAAUCAUCAGGUAGUGAUGGAUCGAAAGUUGAAUGUGUUGAAAAUAUCGGAAAAGGAGAAAAUGUCACAGAAAAAGGAGCGGACAUCCAGACUGUUUCGGUUCAUUCGGUUCAGAAAGGAGACGAAAAUAGAUACUAGUUAGUUUUGCCUUUUUUUUAGUAAAUAUUUUUAUUAUUUUUGUAUUUAUUUUCGCAAGUAUUUAAUAAAUAAAUAAACAAAACAGAAAAAUAAAC